CCCUAAGAUGCAAUAUUCAUACUGAAUGUAUCUGGCCGGAAUGGCCAUUGCUCCGACGACCGGAGUUGAGAUGACUGCAGAAUUGGAACUCCCUUACGAGUUCUCCCAAACACUUCAAAAAACCUCCUCAACCCUGCCGCCGGCGGCUGAGCGUGCUAGUUGGGUGCUCAAUGUCCCUGAGCCGCCGGGUUUGUCCCGGAAGCUGGAGGGGUCGUUCAAGAAAACGGCGACGUUCCUCGGAACUGCGUUCCAGCGCCUGAGAAAGCGCCCGGUCCAGGCCGUCCUGUCGGCUUCUGAGAGCGUUUUUCCGCUUCUUUCAUGGGGCAAACAAUACAGUUUGGUCAAGCUUAAAAGCGACGUCUUGGCCGGUCUCACCCUCGCAAGCCUCUGCAUCCCCCAGAGUAUUGGUUAUGCUGCUCUGGCAAAUCUGGAUCCUCAGUAUGGCCUUUACACAAGUGUUGUUCCUCCACUUAUCUAUGCUGUGAUGGGGAGUUCAAGGGAGAUAGCUAUAGGACCAGUGGCGGUUAUCUCGCUUCUCAUAUCCUCAAUGGUUCCCAAGCUAGAAGAUCCUGCCUCCAACCCAGCUGGGUAUACAAGCCUGGUUCUCACUGUCACCUUUUUUGCUGGUAUCUUUCAAGCUGCUUUUGGAAUUCUAAGGUUGGGGUUUCUGGUUGAUUUUCUUUCCCAUGCUGCAAUCGUUGGGUUCAUGGCGGGCGCCGCCAUUGUGAUUGGCCUGCAACAACUCAAACCUCUGUUUGGCAUCUCAAAUUUCACAAACAAGACCGAUGUUGUCUCUGUCCUAACUCACAUCUUCACAUCACUGCACCAUUCUCCAUGGAAUCCUUAUAACCUCAUCAUUGGAUUUUCAUUUCUGAGCUUCAUCCUCAUUACCAGAUUUCUGGGACAAAAGCACAGGAAACUGUUCUGGCUACCUGCCAUGGCGCCGCUUCUGUCGGUCAUCUUGUCUACUCUAUUGGUUUAUCUGACAAGGGCUGAAAACCAUGGAGUCAAGAUAGUGAAGCAUGUCAAAGGAGGUCUAAACCCCAGCUCCCUUCACCAGUUGCACUUCAACACCCCUCAUAUACCUCAAGUUGUUAAGAUUGGAUUCAUUGUUGCAGUUGUCGCUCUCACGGAAGCAAUUGCUGUUGGUGGGUCUUUUGCCUCUAUGAAAGGAUACCAUCUUGAUGGGAACAAGGAAAUGCUGGCCAUUGGAGUUGCCAACAUUGCAGGCUCAUUAACCUCUUGCUAUGUUGCAACAGGUUCCUUCUCUCGCAGUGCUGUUAACUUCUAUGCCGGAUGCGAAAGUGCGGUGUCAAAUGUUGUAAUGGCCGUGACGGUGCUAAUAUCACUACAGCUGCUCACCAAGCUCUUGUACUUCACUCCGGUCGCCAUUUUGGCAUCCAUUAUUCUCUCCGCUUUGCCGGGACUCAUCAACCUCAAUGAAGCUUAUAGUAUAUGGAAGGUUGACAAGCUAGACUUCCUGGCUUGCGCCGGAGCUUUUGCCGGCGUUCUUUUUGCUUCUGUGGAGAUUGGCCUACUAGUAGCGGUGGGUUUGUCAUUUGCAAAAAUCAUGUUGAAUUCAAUCCAGCCAGGCAUUGAAAAACUGGGUAGGCUUCCGGGGACUGACGCAUUGUUCAUGGGUAUUCACCAAUACCCUAUGGCUGUUCAAACUCCUGGAGUUUUCGUUAUCAGAACCAAAUCCUCUUUACUUUGUUUUGCCAAUGCCAAUUUCAUUAAGGCAAGGAUUCUGAGCCUGGUCAUGGAAGAACAAAAAUCAGCUGAUGAAACCAAAGAAAGUUCUGAGAAAAGAAUUGCGCUUAUUGUUUUCGACAUGUCAAAUAUAAUGAACGUGGAUACAUCUGCAAUAAUUUCUCUGAAGGAAUUGUAUGACAAGAUAACGUCAUGUGGAGUUCAGUUUGUGAUAGCAAAUCCAAGGUGGCAAGUGAUUCACAAGCUAAGGCUAGCCGACUUUCAUAACAAAAUCAAAGGAAAGGUGUUUCUGACCAUCGGAGAAGCCAUUGAUGCAUGUCUGGUUGAUAAGAACAUGCAGGCUUAGCUUAGAAUUGCCAUUAUAUUGUUGUUUAAGAUUAAUGGUCUGUGUGGUGUGUGUCCCAAGCUGUUUGUGUAAAAGUGGGGCAAAAAAUAAAAGAGAUUGUUUCGAUCGAUCUCUUGCUCUCCUUGCCAUGUAAGGUGCUACUGUACUGUAAUAGAGCAAGCUGAGAAUUGAAAGGGCUCCUAGUAAUUUUGUGUUGUGUUCUCGAGAUCUGGGCUUUUGACUUGUAAAAUUUGUACUAUUGUAAUUUUAUAGACAUUUGUAUUGUGAUUUGUGGCUUAA